GUCGCCUUGCUCUCGCUCUCGCUCUCGCCUCUUGCUCUCGCCCCCGUCUCCUCUCCUCGGGCGAGCUCGCCCGCCGCCUGCGCCGCGCCGAUCUUGGCCGCCGCUGCUUCCGCCGCAUCCUCACCGCGUUUAGUGGGGUCGUGUGACACCACGGGAUCCAAAGUGGAUCCGUUUCGACGGGGAUGGAAUCUGGGAGUGAGUUCUACCCAGGCGAAGGUCUACAGAUCGACCCCAAGUGGCUCAUCGAUCCAAAGCUUCUCUUUGUUGGGCCGCGGAUCGGUGAAGGUGCACAUGCAAAGGUCUACGAGGGGAAGUACAAAAACCAAAAUGUUGCCAUCAAGAUUGUGCACAAGGGGGACACCCCUGAGGAGAUGGUCAAAAGGGAGGGGAGGUUCUUGAGGGAGGUGACCAUGCUGUCAAGGGUGCAGCACAAAAACCUUGUCAAGUUUAUUGGUGCUUGCCUUCAGCCUGUCAUGGUGGUGGUAACUGAGCUACUAGUAGGGGGCUCUUUGCGCAAGUACUUGGUUGGCCUUCGGCCUAGGAGCCUGGAACCUCGUGUAGCUGUUGGAUUUGCAUUGGAUAUUGCUCGAGCCAUGGAAUGUUUGCAUGCACACGGGAUCAUCCAUCGUGAUCUUAAACCUGAGAACUUGCUGCUGACCGCUGACCAGAGAACAGUCAAGCUUGUUGACCUUGGUUUAGCAAGAGAAGAGACAUUAACAGAGAUGAUGACCGCAGAGACAGGAACAUACCGUUGGAUGGCUCCAGAGUUGUACAGCACAGUGACAUUGAGGCAUGGAGAAAAGAAGCAUUACAAUCAUAAAGUAGAUGUUUACAGCUUUGCAAUUGUGUUAUGGGAACUCCUUCAUAACAGACUGCCCUUUGAGGGCAUGUCUAAUCUGCAAGCUGCUUAUGCUGCUGCUUUCAAGAACAUUAGACCUAGUGCAGAUAAUUUGCCCGAGGAGCUGUCAGAAAUCCUAACAGCCUGCUGGAAGGAAGAACCCAAUGGAAGACCCAACUUCACCCAGAUUGUGCAAAUGCUUCUGCAUUACCUCUCCACCCUUUCACCACUGGAGCCUCUGGCUCCACCUCGGACGUUCAGUUCAGAGAAUGCAAUCCUGCCUCCCGAAUCUCCCGGGACGAGCUCGCUAAUGGCUUCUCGAGGCGACCUCGGCGACACGCCCAAGGGCAAGAUGGAAGACAAGCCAAGGGGGUUCUUUUUCUGCUUCAGCCAGUGCUAUUAGCACAGAGAUGCUGCAAGGAUGCUCCCCUGGAGGUAUGCAAUGCAAUUCUGCAAAUAUGAAGAGAACAUUACCACCUGAUGCACAGCGGCUCCGAUGGCGGCCGGCCCGGUGAGUCCCGGCGCCCAUAGCCAGCCUCCCCACCCCCAUCAUACCCAAAGAAUGGCACAAGUUCUUGUAGAACUGUUGUUUCUGCUAGUCAGGCCCUCUUCUUCUGACAUGUUUAACAUACCAGCCGGCAGGAUGAAUCGAGUAAGCCUUUGACUCCUGCUACCAAGUCAUCAUCAUGAAAAUAGUUCUUCUCGUAUAUUUUCGGUGGACAAGUUAUUCAAUGUCUAAACUGCUCAUCGUAUAGUAAUAAUCCCCAUUCAUCAGUUUUCUCCUGUACUGGAAAUCGUGGGGUGUUCCUUCUCUGUGGCUUCAUUGUUCUUAUUCUUUUCCUACUGUCACCGUCCCAUAAUAAUUUCGUUUUUCC